CGCACAGUCCGCUUCGGUGACCUCGGACAGAGCUGGUCGAGCGAGUGAGGCGAGCUUCCCUGAUCGUGCUUGUGAGUUUCUAAUCCUUACACGGAGUCCGCCGCUCUGACCCAUCGUCGAAAGCUCGUCGAGCCAACAAAUAGUGAGCGGAAAUCAAUCUUUGCGAAUCGAACCGCACCAUGUUCACCAACUUUGCUAGCCAUCGACCCUCCGGAAUCAUGAAGAGCCGUGCGGCGCGUGCUCCGAAGCAAUUCAAGGGCAGGACGAGACCGAAUGUUCCCCUUUCUUCUAAAUUCAAGACAGAAAUGUGUCACUACCUGUCGGAACAAGGCCGGUGUCCUUUUGGAGAACAUUGUACCUACGCUCAUUCGAAAGAUGAGCUUCGCUUCAUCGAGCGCCAUCCGAAGCACAAAACGUUACCCUGCAGAGACUUCUCGACGGAGGGAUUCUGCCCUUUCGGAGAGCGAUGCAGUUUCAUCCAUUACAAGUCCGAUCCGGAAGCGAUGUGGAAGUCUCUAUCAUCGUCCGUGGUGACAGAUGCAUCAGAACAGUCGGCGGAAGUAGAUCAGUGCUCGAUGGGACAGAACCUGAGAUUGUUCCAUUCGACGGACAAAGUGAAUGAUGUCGGAAAAGAGAGCGACGAUGGAUUUCUUGCGUCCUCCGACUCCUUCAUCUGGAUAUGCGGGGUCCCUGGUUUCGUCAAGGUCCCCUUCCCCGACCUCAUAUUCCAGGACGAGUUCUCGGUCCUCCUCGUGUUCAGACUUGUCUGAUUUGUGCAGUGAAACGAUGCUCACCUCGUCACAAUCCAACGCCGACGAGCCGGAAGAGAAGAGAAGCAUUCGCCUACCGAUAUUCCGGGACUUAAGUCUACGCGGGCAAGUUUCGUCUUUUUGAAGCUCCUCCCUCAGGAUAACGUGCGCUGCGCAGACGAGCUUCACUUUUGAUGCUUCUCGCAAAUAUAGGGAAGUGCGCGUCUUUGUCUGUUAAGUAAUUUGUUGCAAGUGCCCAAAAAAUCUGUGAAGUCGAUUCGAAGACUAGAAGCCAUGACACAAAUUUUUUGGUUGUGGUUGAAUUAUCAUGACGGCGGAUCGAAUCAGAUCCGGAAAAAUCAUCUUGAAGCAAGAGACUUGUUGUAGCACCUAAUAAUUGACUACGAUUUUAUCUACGAGAGCUUUUAAACCCGUUCAACCAUCUUGAUCGACCCACGUCCGUUUGUAUUUAUCCAUUAGAUGGAGAAACUCCUAUUUUCGGAGAGCGCUCUUCUUGUUUGUAAGUGACUGCGAUUACUUCCCCGUCUUCCGUCAGAAAACGGCGGAACCCGCGAUCGAAGUACUCGCGCACAGGACUCGAGCUUUGAAAACUCUCCGAAUUCUACUGUGUUGUCAUUUUUGUAUUUGGUGGAUGAGAGUUGCUGACACGCAUUAUUGAGCGUAUUGUGGAGUUGUCGCCGCAUAAACGAUGAUGCAUGCAAUUCGCUUCUCUUGGGUGUUUUGGAUGGACCCUCCCACCGACGCUCGAAGAAUCGUCGGUUACGGCGAAAGUAUACGUCCGUCGCCUCUUGAACGAAGAAGCGGACCAGGAAUCGUCGUUGUAGCUUGAUCAUUAGCGAUGCUUGAGUUGAAUCGUUGAUAACUUAAAACUCGAGCUUGAAGAUCUCGUCGCUCGACACCUGAUCGAUUUCAUGUCCUUCUCCACAAGACGAGGAAUGUAUGUAUCACCACUCCGAAGCCUUCCAUUCAUCAUCCAUUCACCUGUUACGAAUCUAAUUGAGUAAAAUUCAGUGUUCGCACUUAAUUCUUCACAUU